GUCAUUGCGAGCAAUUUUCAUCAUCUAUUAUGAUAUGAUUCAAAUUUAUGAUUCCACUCUGAAUGUGGAGUUCUCCAGAUCAAUCAGAUCAAUCUGAAAGACACACAGAUCAAUCAUUCAAAGUCCGAGGACCGACAGUGGAGAUAUCUGAAAUUGAACCUCCUUGACUCUUGCAGUCAUAACUCAUUGAACCACGUAUUCUACUCUUAGAACUCAUCUUCAACUCUUACAACUCAUCAUCUACUGUUUCUUCAACUCUUACAACACAUAUUCGACAACAAUAACUCAUCCCUUCACUUCACAUAACUGUUUCAACAUCUCACUCGAUGCCUUCGCGGUCUCUACGGUCUAGUAGAACAGGUGGUUCCAAUCUUACAGUGCCAAAAUCCAGUAAGCGCAAGGCUCCUUCUGCUAAAGACUACUUGAAAAUCAACAACAACAAAUCAGUUCGGGCCAAACGUGGAGGUCAAGACACAACCGAUGAAUCUGAUGAAGACAAUGAUCACCAUUCCGAGAACAACAUCAACACACCAGACGACCUCGAUACUGCGAAUGCUUCUCAAAAUCCUGAUGAAGACAAAGAAACUUCAUUUACCUCGUGUUUCCCUUCUUUGACAUUUGAAAAUAUGGACGAAGAACUUAGCAAAUGGACUCUGGCCGACCUUCGAAAAGCUCUAACUGAACAGAAAGCAAAGCGUGGACGUCACAAGUCUCAAACACCACCUGAAAUCAAAACCCUUGUUGAGCUUAUCCGGCUGGACUAUGAAAAGAGGAUGUUGAUGGCCGCGCUCAUAGGAGGAAUCAGUCAGACUAUGAUUUGGGGCCUUGUGUAAGUCAUUUUUCAUCAAAACACCUCUUGAGCUUCUUUGAGUUCUUUGAAGCUGACUUAUCUUUACUUAUCUCUUGGGUAUUGUAAGCAAUGCGGGUCCAAGAAAGGGUAGAUCGUCUUCGUGGACAAGAUUCUUGGCCUUUUGCAAAAAAGCACUUACCCUGCCUUGUGGGUCAGGCUUUCUUUUAUAUAAAACAUGCUUUCAAACCUGAUCUGACGUCUCUUGUUUUUUUACAAAAUCAAAGUCCCUUCGCGACAUGAUAGAGCUGGCUGGUCCACUAGGAACAAAAAGCUUAGUGAGAUUUGGAAAGGAUUCAGCAGCGAUCAGAAGAAAGUGUUCAAGGAUCCCCUCUUUUUUGCUUUGGCAAAACUUCCCGAUGUUUCAAUCAACGAUGACGAUGAUUGGGAAGAUGAAGAGGAUGGUAUCAUUGAUGUAUCAAAGGAGGUCUCUGAACCUAAGGUCCACCAGCUCUCAGAAGCUGACGAAAUCACAUAUCAACCGAUCUUCAAUGAAUUGGUUGAUGUUGAAAAAUUACAUUCCAACCACGGAAAGCCAGACAGCGCUGAAACGACUGCAAGUGUUCAAUUGAAAUCACUAGCUGCUUUCAAAAAAGCUCAUUAUAAUGUCAGUAGUUUGCUGUCGAUAUGACUAAUUUCCCGACUGCUGACAUCGAUACCUUAGUUUGCAACAAUUUGUCAGAGAUUUCAUAUUCAUUACCAUCUUACUGCGCUGAGCUGUGAUGUCACCGAUGGCUGGAUGCAAGUAUAUUCAACAAACAAAAGCUUUUCCGAGUGGGCUGAUAAACAAAUGAAACUAAGUACAAAAUUUCAGUAUUACGUGCAUGGGAAGACGGUGGCUAACGAGAUCGAGAAAAAACCUCCUCAACCUGUUGAUGCGCGUCGAGGGGAACUCACAAGGGAACUUAACAAGUUGAUUGGUGAGUUAUUUAGCUUGUUGGUACAAACUAUCACUUCCCUAAUCAUGUUGUUCGACUUAUUUGUACUUCAAGCAAAACAUCUGCCUGGUAAGGUUUUUCCCAAAAAAGACCAUCCAGUCCAAAUUCUUGCCGAUCGGGGCUGGCCUGUCCGAAUAGUUGCUCAACCCAACUGUUCUCUGUUACCUGAAGAGCUGGAUCUGGGAUUCCGCGACUGUGAUGACUUACAGAAAAAGAAAUGGCUAAGUGACAUAGCAAAUGGCCUGUUUGACGUUGAAAAGAUCCCGGCUUCUGAACUCGUCUCACAAAAAAAACAAAAGAAAAGGAAGCGAUCAAAUAAAAAGUUAGACUCUGAUUUGAAUGACCAAGAUACCACCACAGCUCGAACUUCAACUUCGACUUCAGUCACCAAUCAUGAAAAUCGACCAAACUCUCAAAACUCAUUGUCAGGUAGUACUAUCCUCACCACUCAAAAAACCCAAACGGAAUCAAGUCAGCAAGCUCCGAGGGAGAAUGACAAACAUAGUGACAAUAGUGACGAUACUGUUUCCUCUGAUGAUGAAGAGUCUUGAAUCGUCUCAAUUUGUUCAAGUUAAAAAUAAGGGUCAUCAAGAAGAGAUGAUUUCCCUGAUUUGUCUGCCUUUUUUCGAAUCUUUUUUUCCUUUUCCUUUUUCAUCAUCUUUUGAUAAGAUUUAUCUGUUCGUACACACCUUUCCAUUUUCCUUUUUACCUUUGAUUUUCCAUUUCCUUCAAUUUUUUUUUGCCUUUCUUUGAUCUUUUGGUUCGUUUUGUCUCUUUUUGUUCAAUUAGUUUUUCUCUUUUCUUUUCUUUGAUUGGAGUUUCAAGUUUCUGUUCUUCUUGCAAUCUGUUCUUUCUGUUCUUUGUUUUAUUGAGUGCGGGUGGAAUGAAAAUGAAUUGUUUUUUCACACGUUCU